GGCCAACGACGGCCCCGGCAAGGACGGCGCCGCCAGCACGACGGCCAAGGCUAAGACCCUGCUUCGGUCCCGGAUGUGCCACGACUUCGUCACGGAUUCGCUGUGGAUGUUGUACGAGAAGGGCGUGACAUUGGGGGCACAGGAGCCGAUCCUCAGAGACCAUAUCAUCAUGUACGCCGAGGAGGCAACGGCGAUCGGCACGCUGCCGGACAGCGGCCGCAAGGUGCGCCAGUGGCUCCGCUACUUGCGCUGCCUCCAGCUCUUCCUUGAGGAAAUCAAGCAGCAGUUCACCGCCGCUCGGGAGGCGCUCAUGGUCAAUUGGAGGCUGGGCCUCUCCGUGUUCCUGCACGACGCGUCUAGCGACUACGAGGUGAAACUCGUGCCGCCGUUUCUGAACUACUGUUACCUGCCGCUGGCCAUGCCACCAGAGGUCCAUGAUCCGAUGGGAGCGAUGAAGCUGUGUGCCUUGGGCAUGGAGGCCAACGUGACGAACAUCACAGUGCCUCUGCCGUGGGGGGCUGCGCUGUCCAUGGAGGAGCAUCUCGACCAGGAGUACGUCGGACCCGCGUUCGUCCUGGUCGUCCUGGCGGCUGUGAUCGCCCCUCUGACCUCGAGCAGAGGCGCCGCGGCAGAGGUCGCGGCCAAGAAGAAGAAGCAGUAGGCUGGCCCCGGCCUCGGCCGGAGAUGAGCGCCGGUGUCGUCGCUGGUCGUUGUCGCUGGCCGUCUCCGCUAUCGCCGCCGCUCGCUGUCGAUGUCGUCGCCGUCGCUGGUCGCCGCUGUCGUCAGCCUCGGCGUCGUACCGGCGGCGGCACACCAUUGCUUAGGUCAGUUGCACUUUCGCGCCGCGUUGGCGCGGCGGCGGCCCCGGCGCUCCGUCGGGGCGCCGAAGAUCGGGGACGCCCCGACGCCUCGACGCCCCGACGCCUCGAAAACCGAGCCUCGACGCCUCCCCUCUUGGCCGCCCCCGCUUGGCAUCGCUCGGACGUGUGCGUUUUUUUCCUCGGCGAGGACCAUCGAGGAGCAUUAUUGAUCACUUGGCGAAAAAAACACGCACGAAACCGGGAA